AUGUCAGAGAGUUUUAAAGUAAACUUUGAAAGCCUGAUACUUGAUCAGAGCCUCCAAGAGAAAGAUAUCAGAUCCUCAUGUAGUAAAAAGAAGACAAAAAAGAUGAAAAUACUCCCUAAGAGCUCAAAAUUUUGCUCUAGCCACAAGAUCCAUAACAAAAAGAUCAAGUCCAUACUGAAUUUUGCAAGGAAGAAUAGAAAUAGUUUCGCUGUCCCUCCUCCUUGUAACCAAAUCCUCCCAGAUGUCAGAAGAAUCAGUAAUAUUUCAACCAAGUUACCCCAGAUCGACCCAGAGUUAAAGAAUAAGCUAAGCAAGAGUACUGAUAAGGCCUCCUUUGAAACUCUGAAUCCUUUUCAGAUAAAGAACUCUAACUUGAGAGUGAUCUUACAUAAACUGAAAGAGACUAAUAAUCUCCACAGCGAGUUUAUGUCUAAAAAGGCACUCCACAGGUCAUCUCUCAAGAGCACUGCUCCUCCUUCACCCAAGAGCCAAAAGGAUUACCUGAAUGAUUUUAUCACCAAGGUGAUAAAUAAACCUAGCAUUGCAAAUGAUAUAAUAAAGUCAGACAUCGGGUAUGAUCCCAGGCAAAAUAUAAAGAUUCUUGCACUUCUCUACGAGAAGUUCCUCCAAGCCAGAGAGGUCCUUGAGCAGUCAGAGGAAGCCAAGAAGCCACAUCCAGUGGAUGAGAAGGUCAAAGAGGUAGAUUUCCCUGAGAAAAAUGAAAGUGGAACUGAAGAAACACUUCUUAGGUUGAUAACUAAGAAUAAAAAUAAGAAUGAUAGAAAUAUGUCAAAACUUGAACAAUUUCUAGACCUUGGAGAAAUUGAACAAGCAAGGAGGGAAUUAUCCGUAAAGGCUCGGAUUGAAGAAGACCUCAAGACGAUCGUUUCAAAUGUAGUCGACAAGAGAGUCUACAGCAUGAAUGUUAAAAAGGGUAUAGAGUAAGAGUCACCUAGUGUAACUUAUAAGGGUUUCAGAAGCUGCUGAACAUCAGAGAAGCCUAGUUGCCAAGCUCAAAAUGGAGAGGGAAGAGCACUCU